CCUUCCGCACCGAUUUAGCGAUUGCCCCAAUCGCGGUGUUGGGAUCGCCCUCCUCCUCUCUCUCUCUCUCCCUCUCUCGGUGGCAGAAAUGGCGGUCUCGUCUUCGUCUCCGGCGUCUUCGUCCUCAUCUCCGGAUCGGAAGCGCCGCCGCAACAGCAGAGACAAGGGCUCCUCCAAGAUGCGGAGGAAGCACAAGCAUCGUACCAAGCGGAGGCGCAGACACGAUUCCCCGUCGUCCUCCUCUUUUUCGUAUUCUUCUGACUCCUCUUCUGAGUCGGACUACAGUGUUGGGGGCUCAUCAGACUGCGAAGAUGAGGUGUCUGGUCGCUCAAAGAAACACAAGUCCAGUAGCCGUUCAAAGAAGGUGAAGGACAAGGAGAGAAGUAAGAAGCAUCGGCAGAAGCAUUCCAAGCAAAAGACAAAAGAGAAACCACAGGAGGAGAGAUGCAGCAGUCCUGUUCAACUCUCAAAGUUCCUUGGGCGUGACAAGGAUGAUGGUGUCCGCCGGAGUGCUGUCUCUGGUAAAAAGAUUCUAUUGAAGGUGGAGAAAACGAAAGAGGACAAGGAAGCAGAGAAUAAACGGAACGAACUGCUCAAGUUUCUGAAUGCUAGUUAUGACUAAAAUGGGAAAAUGGUGGCUUCUAUGUAGAAGCUUGUCCACUUGGAAUUACAAAUCAAAGCGUGUCAUCGACAACAUCGUUGAUGAUAGAGAUUUUCUAUCCUUACUAUUUUUUGCGUAUUUGCUUUUGUAUUAGAAUCAUUGUAAAAUUUUGUGUAUGUGAGUAGUAAUUUUGAAGUUUUGUUUUCUGUA